AUGAAGAACCCGAUUCGACUGGCCUCCCUCGAUGACUUCCACGAGAACUCGAUUCUUCGAAGCUGUCCAAACGUCGAAGAGCUGUCGCUUUGUCACUACUACAUGGACGUUCAUCUCAACGUCAGCGAGUAUCGCACUACAAAACAACCGAUCCCCGAGUUGAACUACCAUUGGACCGACAUGGAAGCGCUGAUACGCGAGCUGAGCGACUCGAACUCGCCGACCACCCACGGCAGUCACGUUGACUUCAGUCCGACAUUGGACGAGCUGUUGGCGAUGCUGGAAGUGAAUCGAGGGCUGGAGUUCCUCGGCAUAGACAUUAUUCCAGUAGAUGCCUCAUAUCUGAAGACCCGAGAGGCGCUGGCGCUACUGGCGGCAGUGGAGCGCGUGGGCCACGACGCGUGGAAGUUUAUAGCCGAGAAGUGGUGCGGACUGGGCCGGAUCAUGAUGAAGGAAGGCGAGCAGAGGUUCGAGGAGAAGACCCCGAUCAAGUUCUUGCUGCUUCUAGAUCUGGAAGGGCGACAGAUUCCAAAUGGCGUCGAUUAUGAUUUGGUACGCUUCUGUGGCGUCCACCAGAGGACAGCGUGCACUCCUGAGUAUUUGGACGCUCUCAAGCAGAUUGCCAAGCACUAUCCUACUUUGAAGCCGGACAAGCCUGGGCUGGACAUCCAGAUUCCCGUCCGGGUGUAUCUCGAAAUGGCAAAACACGAGGACUUCUUGAAGCUGAUGCAAAACGCGUACAAGGCGCAAGAAGUGGUAAAGGGCGAGUGGAACGCGUACCGGGAGAGAUUAGAUGAAGACGCAGUGCUGCCAGGUUCACUGAGAUGUACUUUUGUGCUGGAACCGGUGGUUGCGAAUUGCAUCGACAUCGCAUUCGUGUCCGAUGAUGCCGAGGAGAUGGAGGCGUUGGAGAUUGAAGGCAAUUGGUUUUCACAGAUUCAACGUCUGGAGCUUGGCGGCUUUGCCGAACUCCGAGAUGAUGAUGUCAAUGACGGUCGCGGCCGGCCUGUGACUGAACCCCCCAUUCUGCGAGUGCCGUGGUCGGUACCCUCUGUGAAGACGUUCAGUGAUGAUGGAACCAGCGAGUGGGUCAACGCGAUUGUUCCCGAUUUUGGUCGAUGCCAAGUGCGACGCGAGGAUCUCGUCUUCACCGAUGAGGAGAGCGGUGGAGGAGCAUGCACGCCUGGGCUCAUCUCGCUCACAAUCGAGUUUAAUGAAGACGAGAUCGCAGUAUCGGACGGUCUGCCGAGAUUGAUCGAGGCUGUGGGCCCUCUUCUCCAGUCCUUGACCAUCGCAUAUGCAACGAUAGAGCUAGAUGUGAACGAGACUGUUCGGAGUUGCCCGAAUCUUCAAACGCUAGUUCUGCGUGAAGAAUUGAACGAUAUGCAAAUCGACUUGAGUGGUUAUCGUGCGAACAACCUCCCGGUUCCUUCGUUGAACUGCCAAGGUUGGUAUAACCCGAGAACACUCAUCAGGGAGUUAUCCGACAUGGAUAACGCCCUGGCAAAUUGCACCCAAAGACUUCGCGUCCGCUUGAAAAGGAUUAUUGACGAAGACGAAGGCGGAGAGGCCAUGCGGUCCAAAAUGAUUGCGCUUCAAGAACUGCUGAGAAAGAAUGUGCGACUGGAAUUCGUCGACGUGGUGGUCAAACGAGGAUCCGAGCUCUACAUGGACAGCAUCCGGAAGUUUCACCUGAAGCCGAUAAAUCGGUCUCUGAAGGUUCCCUACGAAGUGAAGGCGGCGUUUCUCAGUGCGCUGCUGGCUGAGAAGCCCGCAACAACAUCACACAAGAAAGCUAGUCACGAGUCAGUUUCGGCUGCGACCGCGCUGGCUAAGCUCGAUCAACUCGUUCUGGUGAACAUACUGGAGUUUGCGGCACCCCCGAACAACUACGAGGACUUGAAGGCGUUGCUGCAGAUGCUGGAGACCAACCAAACGCUCGGGUAUCUCGAUGCCAUCAUCUCAUGGAAAUUUUACACAAAAGACGACUCGCAUUAA